AGUCGGACCACAUCAGUAACAGUCGAAACAUGUACUUCCCGGGAAAAGAUACUCCUCAGGACUAGUUUGUUAUUUUCAUUUUUCUGUAAGCAUCAAUCAUCCACGGUUCCGUGAAACUAAGUAAAAGUGGAAGUGCACUUCGAAGGCCUGACGACGACGAUGAUGGCCGUUGCUUUGCUGAAUGUUUGCGUUUUGUGUUGUCUAGUCACUAUCGGGUUUAGUUUCGAGCCACCAGCGGCGGUAACCGAAAGCUAUGAACCGUAUUUGGUGACGUCCGCUAAUUACGGGCUGGUUUCCAGCAAAUUCCAGCCGAGUUCGCAAUACACUUCCAGCGAUCAUCAGCACGAAAAAAGAGACGCCGUGAGUCAUCGGACCAGACAGGAAGCACUUCCAACGGAUCCUCAGGCGUAUCUUCGAGAUCAGCUGCUCCCUUUCCUGCUGCUAAGGCAACCUUUCAUGGUGUCCGAUUCGGGGCUAUCUCUGAUUCCACAGCGGGACAGGAAAGCGGAAAAACGUGAACUUUCUAUCCAACAGAUGCUGGAAGGUGGUGACUAUUUUGUCCCAAAUCGUGGCCGAAAACGUUCCGGGAAUGGAAUCUCCAAGAAGAUCAAAUUCGAUGACAUUCUCGGACCCGACGACUUCAUCCCGAAUCGAGGAAAGAAGGAAUUUUUCAAGCUGAUCUCCUCCCCUGUACCUGUCAGCGGGCAAUCAAUCAACGAGUUGCAGUCAUUUUUUACCAAGAAAAAUGUUUUAAGCACAAUCAAGAAUGUUAGCAGCAAAGAAGGUGAAGGAGAAGAACUAUUUUUCCCGACCCGUGGCAAGAAGGGCAGUGGCAGCAUUUUGGAUAACCUGGCCCGGGGUCAGGACACAUUCUUUUCGUCCCGUGGCCGACGCAAUCCCAUCGUUUGGAGUUUACUCAAUGAGGAACCGGAUCCGUGGGAAUAUGCCUUCAUCACCGAAGGGACGGACGAUUCCGGCGACCUGACGAUUAAUCGCUAUCAAACUAAUAAGAUAAUCAAGUGAAAGAAAAAAAAAGUGAAAAUAGCAUCACCAUAAAACCGGGUGACUGAGGAGCCAAAUCUUGACUUCAUUAAUCAGCUUAUUGUGAAGAGAUUGUUUUUGAUUUUGGUCGUUUCCCAGUAGAUGAUAAAAUAUUCACUGUGAAGAUAUUUCACGGGGCGAAGAUUGAAAUAAAAUAUAAAAAUGCAAAUGAUGAAA